AUCCCUCUUUCAACCUAAAACAACGCCCACUGUCCCAACGCCAGCAGAUAAGCGCCGAGUGGGGGAAGAGGCAACAAUAUUCGCCAAAGCCCAUACGAGCGAUACCAGUGCCAAAUGCAACGGGGGGACUCAACAAUGCUGACCGCGGAGGUAAUACCUUACCAUCUUCACCCAUGACAAAUGUGAUUCAGGAGUUCUACUCUUCCCUCAAUGACAAGGACAUCGCGCGGCUCACGCAGCUGAUUCACCCUGAUUGCACCGUCAAGCACACUUCAUAUUAUAAACCACUGGACAUCAAGAAUACGAUUACCUACUUCGCAAGGCUUAUGGAAGCUAUGAGAAAGAAUGUCAAAUUUGCCAUUGAUGAGGUCUGUCACGGAGUAGAACCCACUGUUGCUGCAGCAAUGUGGCACCUUGAGUGGAACGGUAAGAUCAUACCAUUUACCAAAGGCUGCAGUUUCUACACGUGUUCAGCAAAAGGAGAAGCGCUUCUUAUUAGGAAAGUCCACAUCUUCAACGAGUCACCUGUGAAACCAGUAAAUCUGGCAUUGGACAUACUUCUAUUUGUUACCUUUUUGUUCGACCUACUUCCAAAACAAGCUGAAGAUUUUCUACAGAAUCCAGAAGCACUAGUCCAGUCCUUUGUGAAGUUUUACAAAUUCCUCCUGGAGCCUGUUAUCGUGUAUCUUGUUGCAUAUUCUAUCCGCUUCUGGUCAUUUGUUGUGAAGCUCUACAAAUUAUACGUGGAGCCUAUUAUCGUGCAUCUUCUAGCAUAUAAUUUCCGCUUCUGGUCAUUUGUCGCACGAAGAUUGGAUAUGGUGCUCGACGUGUUGUAUAACAUAUUCAAGCAGUUCAUGUAAGGAAAAACUAAUAUCCCAGAAAAUUCU